AUGGCCACCAAACUCAAACCUGCCAUUCUGAUCGUAUCGGACACGGCGUCGCAGAACCCCGCAUCGGACAAGACGAUCGACGCCCUCACAUCCAUUCUCGCGGCUGAGGGAAAGUGGGCACCCCCCGCAGUCAGGAUUGUUCCAGACAACGUACCCCAGAUCCAGCAAUGUAUUCGCGACUGGGCAGAUGGAGCUGAUUGGCAUAACCUAAUUCUGCUCAGCGGUGGAACAGGUUUCGCCGUCAAAGACAACACCCCGGAGGCUGUUUCUCCCCUGAUCCAUCGCUUUGCGCCGGGCCUAGUCCAUGGCAUGAUUGCGGCGUCCUUGAAUGUAACUCCAUUUGCGAUGAUGGCUCGUCCAGUUGCUGGAGUUCGUGACAAAUCUUUAAUCAUGACAUUACCCGGGUCCCCCAAAGGCGCUAUGGAGAAUCUUGAUGCCGUGGUCAAGCUUCUACCACACGCUUGUUUGCAGGCUGCCGGCGCAAACUCCCGAGGCAUGCAUGCCGGAGGUGUGAAAAAGCUGGAAACUGAUGCCGCAGACCGGCCACAGUCCAAUGACCCCGGUGCAGGACCCAAUCGGCGCCAUCGCUCGUCCCCGUACCCUAUGCUUUCCGUAGAGGAAGCACUCCACCGUGUCAGUGAGAACACCCCCGAGCCCACGGUAGUUGAGGCUCCUGUGAACUCGUCCCUCGUGGGGUCUGUUAUCGCCGAGGACGUCUACGCCACAGAGGCUGUUCCCGCGUAUCGAGCCAGCAUUGUCGAUGGCUACGCUAUCAUUGCUCCAGCCUCUGGCGGCACCACCACGAAAGGCGUGUUCCCCGUAGCAUCCAUCACCCAUGCCAAUGUCAGCGGCAACCUAGAACCCUUGAAGCCGGGGACUAUCGCUAGAAUCACGACCGGGGCGCCGCUCCCUCCGAAUGCAAAUGCCGUAGUCAUGGUCGAAGACACUGCCCUAGCCUCAUCCACGCCAGACGGCCAGGAAGAAGCCACUGUGGAAAUCUUGGCCGACGACAUCGAGCCCGGCGAGAAUGUCCGCGAGCCUGGCAGCGAUGUUGCCCUAGGCUCAAAGAUCCUGUCUCGCGGAGACGCUAUCUCGUCUGUCGGAGGCGAGAUCGGCGUGUUGGCUGCGACAGGCACCAAGGCCAUUAAAGUGUUCCAGAAACCCCGGAUCGGCGUGCUGAGUACCGGCGACGAGCUAGUGGAACAUGAUGACCCGCGCAGUCUUACUGGUGGCCAGAUCCGGGACUCCAAUCGUCCAUCACUUCUCUCUUGCCUCUCUUCAUGGGGCUUCCCCACUGUCGACCUAGGCAUUGCGCGGGACACUCCAGCCAGCGAAUUGGAGCACGCGCUCCGCGACUCCCUGCGUGGCGUCGGCCGGGCAUCUGCCAGUGUGGACGUGAUUAUCACGACAGGCGGCGUGUCAAUGGGCGAGCUAGACCUGCUCAAACCAACCAUCGAGCGCUCGCUCGGCGGCACAAUUCACUUCGGCCGUGUCUCCAUGAAACCCGGCAAGCCGACCACCUUCGCGACAGUCCCAUUCAAGGCCGCGGGCGGCUCUAGCGCGUCCUCUCAACAGGAACGCCAGUCCAAACUCAUCUUCUCUCUCCCCGGGAACCCGGCUUCAGCACUUGUUACCUUGAAUCUAUUUGUUCUGCCGUCGCUGCACAAGCUCGCGGGCUUGGGCGAGAGCUCUCAGUCCUUGGCAGCGAAGCCGUGGCUACCGCCACAACUCGGUCUGCCGCGUGUUGCCGUCGUCCUGACACAUCACUUCCCGCUCGACCCGAAGCGCACUGAGUAUCACCGGGCUGUGGUCACUGCCUCGCGCUCAGAUGGCCGGAUGUAUGCCACGAGCACUGGAGUCGACGGCGUGGGUCAGCGAAGCUCCAAGGUGGGCACCCUCGCCAAGGCGAAUGCACUGGUGGUUCUGCGAGCCGGGCGGGGUGUUGCCAUUAGGGGGAGAUUGUCGAGGCACUGA